CGCUUUUCGGUGAAAACGCCUGCCACUUUAAACGGAAUAGUACGAAACUCCGUAGAAGCAUGCCGAGACGCAAACAAGAUCGGCCGUUGAGAAUGAAAUGGGAAGAUGGAGGUGGCCAGAAGUUGGAGAUAGCAGGAGGUGAAAGUCCCUCCUCCGGAUGUAAUGGGCAGGACGCUGUCUAUGAUUUAUCUGAACAAUCGGAAACAAACAACCAGUCCACACACUCAAAUGACGUCACUCCUUCCCCCAUGGAGCUAGGGCGGAGCACUCCCAUCGAGCUUAAUGGGAACGAAACCGGCAGUGUUGUUUACUCUUCUAAAGAAAGCAGUUUGGAUUCCACAAGUGGUUGCCAGUCUAGAUGUUUUACUUUAGACGGAAAUUAUUUAGUGACUGGACCAAUGGCAAAAGAUCUACCCCUUGAUUUUAGUCUCCGGAGUCAAAACCAAUCUUCCACCUUAUCCUUAAACUUAUCACCUUGCUCCUUGCUUAAUGGAGUUCCCUCUGAAUCACAGAAUGAACCCCUCGAUCUCUCCGUCCCUAACAGGAGGAAGAGUACAGAAAACUGUUUUCAAGAAUUGAAGUUAGCUCGUGUUGAAACUCCCUCCCCAAUAAAUACUUCAGCAACGAGUUACUCAUCUCUCAAUUUCUCUUCAGAUCAUAUAUCGUGGAAUGAAAAUAUAUCAUAUUUGGAAGGUUCAAAGGCCCCUAGAGUUAAUUCUAGAACAUCUCAUAGUCCAGUGCCAAAACCUCAUCUGCAAACGUCAAGUGCUCAAAGCCAGUUACUAAGUCCUAGCUUCAAUACUUCUAACAUGGCCAAUGCUCUUGACAAGAUGAAUGCAUUAUGUCAUACGGUUACCAAAAUGCAGGGAAUCCGUACAGGAAGUAGACAUAAUCCCUGGAAGAACCAAUGGAUUAAUAAAAUUGUGGAACCAGUGAAAGAGGUAUUCACUUGUGUUUGGUGCAGAGACCCUUUUAAAAGUUUGUCUGAAAUGGCUGUUCAUAUGCAGCAGAGUCCUAAGUGUGGAAUGGCGCCUGUGCCGUCAAUAUCUCCGAACACCAAUAUCUUCGGUGACUCUCCAUCUUCAGUUGCUAAAUGCUCAACUUCCAGUACUGACAACAGUCUGGUAAUAAAAGAAAGCAUGCCACUUCCGCGAAAAUUAGUGAGAGGGCAAGAUGUUUGGCUAGGUAAAGGAGCAGAACAAACUCGACAGAUUCUGAAAUGCAUGUGGUGUGGACAGUCCUUCAAAACUCUGGCAGAUAUGACAAAUCAUAUGCGAGUUACUCAGCACUAUAAUAAUAUUAUUAGUCAAGAACAAAUCAUAUCCUGGAAAGUUCCAGUUGAUAAGGUUACUUCACAGUCGCAGUUAAAUGCCGUAUUGACUUGUAAGGUUUGUAACCAGGUGUUUGGUAGUCUGAAGGAACUGAGCUACCAUAUGAUGAAGAACACUCAUUACAAAGAACAUAUCCUACGUUCUGUCACAGAAGAUGGUGUAAGACGCAAACAAACUAGAGAGAGGAGGAAAAAAUCUCUGCCUGUUAAAAAACUUUUACAGUUAGAAAGAAUGGAAAUGAACAAAAUGAAUGUGUCGAAAGAACAAAAUGAGCAAUCGAAGUCCAAGAGUGAAAAUGUUAGUGGUAUGAUUACAUGUGAAGAAUGUGCUGAAAAAGUAGAAGCCAAAGAUUUUGUAACACAUAUAAAAAACUGUGCCCAGAGCCCCAGAUCGCACCACAUUCUGAAAAAUGCUCUUACUGCAAUGGUUUCUGAGAAUGAGGUGGUAAAAGAAUCAAAAUCAGAUUAUGCUAUAAAAGUCCAGUCUAAUGACGCUACACCUAAAGAAGAAAUGUCUCGCUUUAUCAAAUCGCCAACAUGUGAAAAUUCUGAAAAUAGCACUUCAAAAGAAGAAGACCUUGAAAAUUCUCUAAAUAAUAAAACGUGUAAAAAAAGUGAACCUACUUCUGUGUUGAAUGCGAUUGAAAAAUUAAUAGAAAAGAGUUUCGACAACAGAAGUGUGUUCAGUAAAACUGGUUAUACCGGUAUCUUGCAAAGACUGGGAAUCGAUGUGGAAGCUUAUCCUCCAUGCCAUCCUCCCGAAAAAAGUGGCCAAAAUUCAACAUUUAAAUCUCGAGUCUCAUGUACGGCAACUUCUUCAACCGGAACUACAGUCAAGAAAACAGCUAAUAUAAAUUUAUGUUCCAUAAGUUCAGAGUUUGCUUAUAACCAUAACGUGGUUAACAAUAACGUACAAAAGAGUAGUUUUUCAAUAAAUAAGGAACGAGGAAUUUUGAAUAAAAAGUCUGAACCGUCUUCCGAUAAUACGCAACAUACAUCUUCCUUAUCCUCCACUUCAGAACCGAAAAAUGAUUCCAGUACAUUAAAAUCUUCCAACUCCGAAUUAACACCUUACCAAAACACCUUCUCCGAAGAAUUCGUAGAAGAAGAAAAUCAUAAUAUUUGUUACACAAGAGGACAAACUGAAAGUCCCGUUACCAACCACACCGAUGAUUCUUUUGAUGUUUACUCCGAGGUAGAUCAGUCGAAUACUAUUUCUAAUGCUUAUAAAACUGUUGAAAAUGUAUCUAAGAUAAGUCGUUCUCAGUGCCAAAUGAACGCUAUUAUGUGUAGAAGCGAGGCCGAACCAACAAACAUUUCUUUUCAAGACAAAGGUAAAUCCAGUCCAUCCUUAAGUGAUACUUCUAAAUUAUCUUUGGUAAAUCUUAAUCCAAAAUCAGAAAAAAAUAACUCGCAGCAUUCCAACGAUGUUGAAAAGUCAGCUACUGGCCAUCCUCUUCGAGAACUUCAAAAAUUGUUGGAUAAAACGCAUGACAAUGUUUCACGUUCUGGCAUUCAGUCUCCACCUGGAUCCAUCUUGGCUUUCAGUUGGGCAUGUAAUGACGCCAAAACGUCAGACUCCUUAAUGAAGUGUGCCUUUUGUGACACUCAUUUCAUUUCUAAGGGUGCGUAUAGGCAUCACCUGAGUAAAAUACAUUUUGUGAAAGACGCAAAUAUUCCUGACGUUUCUGGUGGAAAAGUACCAAGUGAACUGAUAUCGGUAACGAAAGAAUCUCCACCACCUUCAAUGAUACCAGAAGAGGAAAGUCCUCACUCUAAGUUCUUAAAAUACACUGAACUAGCUAAACAAUUAUCUAGCAAAUAUAUGUGAGGGCUUGUCGUCCCUUCUGUGAAUAGGAAAUCAUGUCCAGAAACAUUUAAGUUAUAUAAA